AUGCCUACUACAACUACUACCCGUGAGCAUAUUACCAGAAGGCGAACCCCCAAAACACCAUCUACACCACCACCCGAGAAACCCCCCACCUCCACCUCCAGCUCAACCCAAACCCGCCCCGGCCCAACCCAAGACCUCGACCUCCUCCCCACAUACACAUCCACAGUCUCAUGCGCCUGCAUCCUGGACCCCGAAACCUCACCCCGCACGUCGACAGCCCUCCUCUUCCUGCUAAUCCUCGACCCCGCCGGGCUCCGGAUCAACGACGCAACAACCCACCUGUACGAGAUCCACCCCGCGCGCAAGUACCCGCGCCAUAUUACCAGUGAUGCGCCGGGUGGGCAGUCCCUCGCGAGAUUGCCGCCCCUGACGCAUUUGGGGAGCGUCGAGUGGGAUAUGGAGGGGGAUCUGCUGGAUGUGGUUGAUGAGGCGGUUUAUGAGGUUGUGAGGUUGCGGAGGGAGCAGGGGGAUGAGGAUGUGGGGACAUUUGUAGGGAGGUUUGUGCGGGUUAUGGGAGAGUUAGGGUGGGAAUGGUGA